AUGGUUCGUCGCUUCCUGGCUGCCUACAGCAUUCUGUUGCUGUCCUUCCUUGCAGUCGCCGAUAACUGGCCCUUUAUCACGUUGGCAACCGCCCCAUUCCGGCCCCCGCAACUGCAUGUCACCAAGACCGGCAACACAGACCCCGGGUACAUCUUCAUCGGCCCUCGUGGGAACCAGGAACAGGGUACGGCGGCCCUCAUCUACAGCGACGAUGGUCAUCUAGUCUACCAGGGUCCCACGGAGGUGGUUGCCAACUUCAAGGUGCAGAGGUUGUUCAACCAAGAUGUGAUCACAUUCUGGGCCGGCGACAUGAUGACACUAGGCUUCGGCUAUGGCACCGUUCAUGUCCUCGACAAUACCUACCGAGAGAUCUACACCGUCACUCUUCCGGGCAACUUUAUCUCCCCCGAUGGUAGUCACCAAGAUUCCUAUAUCGACCUUCACGAGAGCCGUGUGACAAAUCGCAACACCCUGCUGGUGACGGCAUACAACGUGACGCAGCACAACUUGACCUCGAUUGGUGGCAAACCGGAUGACUACAUGCUGGACGGGCUGUUCUUUGAGAUUGACAUUGCGACGAAUGAGAUUGUGCACUCGUGGAGCGCUCUAGAACACCUCGGCGAUAUCCCCCUGGAGAAGUCCAAACAGGUCCUAGGAGACGGUUUCGGUACGCUUGAGAAUCCCUGGGAUGCCUACCAUAUUAACUCGGUGGAGGUCGUGGACAAUGGCUACCUCAUCUCUCUGCGCCAUUACUGGUCUGGUAUCUAUGUCUACAACAAUGGCUCCGUUGGAUGGCAGUUGAGUGGUGAGAAAGGUGCCGGCGACUUUGAGAUUGAUGACGCCGCUGUUUUCUCUUGGCAGCAUGACAUGUGUGUCUACAACCUAACACAGGAGGGUAUGGUCCUUAACCUGUUCAACAAUGCCAACACUCCUUCCGACGAGGUUGCCGCAACGACCGGAUUAAGUCUGAGUGUAGACUUGGUCAACCACAAGGUCACCGCUUUGCGGGUUUUGGACAACAAAGGAGAUGAGAUCCACAGCGUCAGCCAGGGGAGCUAUCAGCUGCUAAGUGAACAAACGAACCAUGUCUUCUUGGGCUAUGGCUCCAUCGCGCGGGUGAAGGAAUUCGAUGCCAACAACAACCAGAUUCUCAGUGCUCAGUUUGGUGACGACAAUGCCGUAGCAUCCUACCGUGGUUUCAAGUACCAAUGGAAGGCCACGCCGUUCUGGAAACCUGCCCUCGUCGUGCAGCGGGCUCCCAAUGAUCUCUUUUUGGCUUUCAUGAGUUGGAACGGGGCAACAGAGUAUGACAACUGGGCUGUGUACUCGGUACCUUCUCAGGAUUCUGACGAUACCACGUUUCUCAAGUCUGUUCCCCGCGUUGCCUUCGAGACCAGGGUCGAUUUGACCGGCCUGAACACUUCUUUCCUACAGGUUGUUGCUCGCAAGGGUGACACUCCGCUCGGCACCUCACCGAUUGUGAGCUUUUAA